CGGUGGGUCGGUUCUUAACGCGCUCAGCUCAAUAACAAACAAACCAGAAGGCGACGUGUUCACUUUCUUACAGCUUGUCUGGAUGACAGACACCGUAACGGCAGCUUGUUGAAAAGUAAUUUUUUGUUCUAAAACACCAGAUUUGAAUCCACUGCUCCGGUGAAAUGGCUACGACUUCAACUCAGUACGACCACAUGGAGCUUGAAGUAGUUGAGGAGGGAGUUAAACCACGGGGCAUGACUGUGCGGCGGAACCUCUUCGGCCCGGUGGACCACCAGCUGCUUCAGCAGGACUUCCACAGGCUCUUGUGCAUGAGUAUGGAGGUGGCCAAGCAGCGCUGGAACUUUGACUUCGAGAGCGAGCGUCCUAUCCCUGGCUCAGUGGAGUGGGAGGAGAUGCAGUGCCAGGAUGUGCCAGCCUUCUACCACAGUUGUGUGGUGAGGACGGGUAAACGCAGUCUGGAGGUUCCCAUCAGUGCUGGUGGAACUUUGGCAUACAGAGGAGAUGAUUUGAAAAAGAGAGUAGUCAAAUACAGACAAGCUUCUAUCACAGACUUCUUUACCGUGAAGAAGAGGAGGUUUCUUCAUUCUAAAGUCUCAGCAAGGCAGCAAGAAGAGAGUAGACACUUACGCAGCUGAAGAUCAUCUCAACUCCUCACUGUGUAUGUAAAUGUACAUACAAUAUCAGCAGUUAUAGAUAUUAUUGGUCUAUGGGGUUUCAACAAAUUAAGACGCUUAAAGUAUACUGUGAAGGUACAGAAAUGCACUCCAGAAAGAACACUUUCAUUAAUAACUUGACAACAGUCAAGUUGCAACAGUUUUAUGUCCCACCCUGUGUACUAAAUUCCAGUAUCAUUUGGGUCAUUUUGAGUACUUUUGUGAAUAAAGCCUUAUGGCUCAUUUGGUUAUAAAACAACCAAGGAUAAAUAUUACGUCCAGAGACUUAAAACGGUUAGUCUUGCUGUUAUGAAACUUGAUUUAUGCAUCUUGUACUUGUUUGGGUGAAAAAAAAAACAAUGAGCGCCUUACUGUGUGUAUUCUAUAGAUAAAUAUUACUUACUACUUAUUUAUUCUUUUUCAUGUAAGAAAACAUAUCAAUAGAACACCUGAGAAAAAGCUGAACAUAUAGACGUAUAUCUGACGUAUAUCUGAGCCAUGGCCUUAUUUUGUAUGUGAUUUAAAGAAUUGUUCAUGGGGGAAAAAGUUGUGUCAAGUAAUAAUCACUCUUACCUCAACAUGGUCACUGAGCUGAUUUUAGAAGGCAUGUGACCCGACCUCUGAUCCCUGGUGCAUACCUGAGUUCCACUUUGUAAACAUUUUACUACUUCACUGUUCAGUGCAAAAUUUGUUUAAGACUCUCAAACAGACUGUAUUUAACUACACAAGUUACCAGUUACCUCACUGACUACAUAAGAAAUCAAUACUGCCUACAUGGGAAGAGUUGCCUUGUAUUAUCCAUUAUACCAGUUCUUCUAAACUACAUAGUUUUGAAGGCAUUGGGUAAAAUGGCAAGACUUUUUUUUUUUUUUUAAUUCUUUUAUUGUGCAUUUUAUCAAUAUGGCCUUCUUUUAUUAACAGUGUACAAACAUUAGUUGUGCCUUUUUGCCUUUAGUUAGCUCGAAAUGUAUAGUUGUAUAGACAAAGAAUAAUAUCUGUUGUAUUAACAGCAAUAACGCACAAACCUUAUUCGGACUGUAUACAUUUAUUUUUGAGAUUUAAUCAUGUAGCAUUUUAGCUCAGUUUUUAGUUCUGUUAUAACACUUUUGGUUCAGAAUCUAUUUCAAGAAACCAUGGUUUUGAUCGCAGUGGAUUGAAUUGUAAGAGGAUGUAGAACUGUUUAUAACUCUUUAUAACAGACUUAUAAAGCAAUGCUUAACAUAUAAAUAGCAGGGAAGAAUCUUCAAUUGUUUGUUCACAGUGUUUGCUGAGUGUUUGUAUGUAAUUGUUUCAUUCCACCACAUUCAUUGAUUUUGAAAAGGCAGCUUAAGAAAAUAGCCAAAGAUUUGCUCCAAAUAGUAUCAAAUAUAAGCAACGACCAACUGCUGUAAAAGAAAAGGGACAAAGCCACUAGUUUUAACCAGCUGUAAAAGCUCACAAAACACUCGUUUGGCCUUGUGGCAGUGGCACAGCUUUUAAAUAAAACACAUAUAUAAAUAUAUACACAUACAUUUUUUGACAGUCAGUAUGUCCUACAGCAGCUCAGCUUUUUUUGUAUUUGUAAAUAUUAUUGAAGAGGGUCAACUACCUCACAAGCAAUGAAGUGUUUAUUGUAUUAUCAGAAACCCUCCUGAUCCCAUCACCUCACAGAUGUAGAUAAAACAGGGGAUUUAUUCACCUCACUUUUGAGCCUUAAGCUAAUCAAGUCCUGUUUGAAUUGGGGCUAAUUUUUCUCUGCUUUCCAGGAAAUACUCAGAAAUGACUCUACACUAAUUGAACUGGCCAAAGCCUAAAUUUACCCCACACAGGACAUCUGAGACUGCACACUGCCACAUCCAGAUGCUUAAAGGCAUCAUUGUCUUCCAAAUAAACUUUUUGUUUAAAGACAGAGUAGUUAUUCGUUCGCUGAAGGAUCGUUCACCUCACUUUGAAAUGGUUUGACCGUAUUUUUUUCCCAUUUUUUACCAUAGACUUUCUGAGUGUUCUGUGCCAUGCUUGUUUUCAUUGUACUCAUCAUUUUUGUUUCAGAGCAACCUUAAAUGUUUAACUUAUUGGAAGAUAAUUACAUUUAAGGAUUACUUAACUAAUUUUUAAUUGUAUUAGCUUUGCACUAUUAAAUAUUAUUAUUGCAGUGUGUUAUAAUCUCCAGCGUGUUAAGAGGUGCAUUAAUAGGAAUUAACAUAGGCCAGGUCUGAGUGAGAAGUGUGAAUUUUUAUUCUUAAAUACAAACAUUCAUUUGGUUUAUUUUUGUGGGGUAUGACACAAAAAAGUACUUAUAAUUAUGAAAGUAAAUCAGUACCCUGUAUUUAUAAGUGAAAAGCAGCCAUGUAUACAUGGAAUAUCUAAAAUACCUAAUUUAAUUGUAUUUUUGUUAUUUUUAUUUGAACGGAUUGAUAUUGAAAAGUGUUUCGUUUCCAAAUCAAAAAUGUGGAAUUUUGUUUAAUUCUUCUCAGUUCCACCAAAUGUUUCUCCUUUUCUUGCAUAGUGUAUCUCACAUUGUGAAUAUGUUGCCAUGUUUAAAUCACAAAUUAUAAUAAAAGAUAUCCAUGUUUAUGUAAA